AAUAAAUUAAUUAAGUUAAUCCAUGUGUUGAAUAAUUAAAUAAAUUCAUUUUGCCCCACUCUAAUUCUCUACUUACCCACCCACACCAACGACCCGGACCCGGAUCCCGACCCGACCCGACUCACCGCUCUAUAUAAAUAACUCACCCUUCUUCAUUUGCGCUACUCAUCUCUAUCUGCGCAAAAUACCCGUGCAUACACACAGUUGUACGUAUUUACUUAUUCCACGUCAUCAAUGGCGAAAUCCAACGGCCUGAUCGUGAGUUUCGGCGAGAUGCUGAUCGAUUUCGUGCCGACGGUCUCCGGCGUGUCGCUGGCGGAGGCGCCGGGGUUUCUGAAGGCACCCGGCGGCGCUCCGGCGAACGUGGCCAUCGCCGUCGCCAGGCUCGGCGGGAAGGCCGCUUUUCUCGGGAAGCUCGGUGACGACGAGUUCGGGCACAUGCUCGCCGGAAUCCUGAAGGAGAACGGCGUCUCCGCCGACGGCGUGAGAUUCGACAAGGGCGCACGCACCGCCCUGGCGUUCGUGACCCUACGCGCCGACGGAGAGCGUGAGUUUAUGUUCUACAGGAACCCCAGCGCUGACAUGCUGCUCACUCCCGAUGAGUUGAAUCUCGAUCUCAUUAAAUCUGCGAAAGUGUUCCAUUACGGAUCGAUAAGCUUGAUAGUGGAGCCAUGCAGAUCGGCGCAUAUAAAAGCAAUGGAGGUGGCAAAGAGUGCGGGUGCAUUGCUCUCGUACGACCCGAACCUAAGGCUGCCCCUUUGGCCUUCGGCGGAAUAUGCUAAAGAGCAAAUAAUGAGCAUUUGGAAUAAAGCGGAUGUGAUUAAAGUUAGCGAUGUCGAACUCGAAUUCCUCACCGGAAGCAAUAAGAUCGACGAUGAAUCUGCAAUGUCUUUGUGGCAUGAUAACUUGAAGCUGCUUUUGGUCACACUUGGAGAAAAGGGUUGCAGAUAUUACACUAAGCAAUUCCGUGGAUCGGUGGAUGCAUAUCAUGUGAAAGCAGUAGAUACAACUGGAGCUGGUGAUUCUUUUGUGGGUGCCCUUCUUGGAAAGAUUGUUGAUGAUCAUGCCAUUAUCCAGGACGAGGCAAAAUUGAAGGAAGUGUUGAAAUAUUCAUGUGCAUGUGGAGCAAUAACAACAACUAAGAAGGGUGCAAUUCCAGCUCUUCCAACCCAUUCUGAGGUUCUUUCUGUUCUUAAUGGACCCAAAUAGAGGGAAUAAAAACUCUUGUUUGAAUUUUCUCCUCUUUUUUUUUUUCGUAUCUCGAGUUUUUUAGUCGAGUUUUUUAUAAAACAAAAACAAGUUUUCGCUUUGCAAGUUGUUCUAGAAUUUAGGGUUUUUACUAUCUUGAUUUUACAAGUACUUGUAACGCUGAAACAAUUUUCACUUUAAUUGUGAUUACGGAAUAAAAAUUUAGCGCGUUGUAUUCCAUUUUUUUCUUCA